ACUGUUGCCAACAAUUUUUGAUACAAACAUAUUUGACCUGAUGGAGGGAUGUAGCAGUGAGAUGGCAGCCUUCUCCCAGAACAUGCUGACAGUCAGCAUGUUACUGAGUGUCUUCUUACUUUCAGGAGUUCAGACUGGAUGUUAUAACAAGGACCCAAACCUCAAAAUUACUGCACCAAAGGAGAUGGAAGCUCUGAGUGGAUCCUGUUUGCUAAUCCCAUGUAGCUUUAGAGAAAUACCAGAGAAACCAGGAGAAAAGUUUGACAACAGCAGAGAAAUAUUUGGAGUUUGGAUUAAAAGUGAUUCAGAAUUUGAAAAUAAUAAGAAAAAUGUGAUUUACAACAGCAGUCGGUCUCAAAACAACUAUUCAGUGAACAUUUCUGGAAACCUGAGAGAGAAGAACUGCACCAGUGUGUUUUCUAAUGUAAAGUCACAUCAAACAAACAAAUACUUCUUCAGGAUGGAGAACGGGCCGUUCAGAGCAACAGCUAACUGUGAUCCUGUUAAUAUAACAGUUAGAGAUUCUGCUUGGAGACCCAGGAUUGAAAUCUCAGGUGACAUGAAGGAGAAGAACUCUGUCACCGUAACGUGCUCAGCUCUCACUCCCUGUCCACAAUCACCUCCUGGACUCACCUUGAACCUCCAACCAAACCCUCACAGACAGAUGGAGAGGAACAAAGAUGGAACGUUUACAACUACAAUCCAGCAGAACAUCACUCUGUCAGAGAUCCACGAUGGAUACAACAUCACCUGCUCUGCCAGAUAUCCUGUGAAUGGAGGAAAAAACAAGACAGCAAAUACCAAAGUGACUCUCAGUGUUUCUUAUGCUCCCAAAGAAACCUCAGCAGCUAGAUGGAUGGAGCUGAACUGCUCCAGCAGAGUCAAUCCUCCCAGCAGCUGCUUCACCUGGGUUAAAAACAGCAAACAUACAGCCAUGAUAGUAGCUGAAGGAGACGUCAGAUUAACCGUCUAUAAGGAAGAAACCCACUGCUGUGAGUUCUCUGGUAAUCUGCUGAUUCCCCUCAUUACAGUGACUGCUGUGGCUGUGCUCAUCUUCCUGGUUGCAUGGUUUUUGAAGUCCAGGCGUACUGCUGUACAACACAAUCAGACUAAAGCACCUGAGGAGCCUGGUGUUCAACCACCAUCUAAUGAAAGGCGGGAAGAACUUCACUAUGUGGAUGUGAACUUCAUAAAGAAACCUACCUGUGCGACAGAGAGUACCAGUAGAGGCCAGCAGGAGACGCUGUACGCCCAGGUCAAAGUGUCUGAGCCAGAGAACGGACCAGCUGAGACUGCUGACAGCUCAGAUCCUUUCUACUCUACGGUACAGAAACCUGGCUGA